UGUACACGUAGCCUAGUAGGAUGUGUUCAUUGAAUAUGGUGGCGGUGUGUCAGACUCACUGUCCUGUACACUUGUAAGAAUUUAUUUAUAUCUGUACAUAUUUCCGACAUCGGCUUUGCCUGACUUAAGCCUCUUCGGUGACAUUAAGUCAAGUGACCUGGUCCUUGGAAUUGUUACCCCUGCAGCCAUGCAGCCCCCUCCGCGGACUGGACCCCCAGGAGCCUCUGGUCCUCCUCCUCCUUCUGGACCAAAUAUGUUCCGUCGGACCAGGCCUCACAAGCAGACAGCAGCAGCCCCUGCUGCAAUUCAGCCUGCUACCCAACCAACGACAGACCCUUUCGCUUUUGCUAGAACAACUCCUUCUGUGGCUGCAGGUGCUAUCCUAACAAUACCAAACAGCAACCCCCAAGCUCCACCUAACACCAUAUACUCUCCGCCAGGUGGAGGGUUGCCACCUCAACCGCAGCCACUGCAUUUUGCAGCUGCUCCUUUGGGUGCCCCUCCGUCAUCACUUCCAGGAGUGACCAUGUUCAACCCUAACAGUACAUCCCCAUCCCCUGGUGUUUUUCAAGCAGCAACUCCUGGAGGCUAUGCAUCUUCUAAUGCUGAACAGGCCUAUUUUAAUUCAAGAGAACAAUCAUCUAUGGCCACAGAGACACCACCGCUGUCCUCAGCACCUAUUCAUUCACCUUUUAACCUGGAAUCACAGUUUUCUCAGUCUGGGCCCUUACAGCCAGUUCCUCCUCCCCCCUCCUCAUCCCAGUGGGUCCCUGAUCACGGAAGUCGUCCUCCAUCAGUUCAGAACUAUUUUCAGCCUACUAGUGACCCUCUACCACAACCUUUUAAUAUACCUCCACAAACUCAAAUGUAUCCCUCUCACGCCACACCAUCCCACCACAAUUUCCCCACCCCUCCAACACAACCAGGACAUUCUCAUAUGCAGGCUUGUCUUACCCCACAGAUCCCGGUAAAACCUCCUAGUUCUUCGUUCGCUGACCCAAAUGUGCCACAACAGCAUAAUUCUCACUUCCAAACUCAAAGCCACUUUAGUCAGGGCUCUACGGCCCAGGAUUCACUGCUUAACCAAUUUCCACAGGACUCGGGGUACCACCAAAUGGGCACUGGCCUGAGCCACCAUCAUCCUCAUCCUCAGCCUCAGGCUGACUUUGCUGGAUCUCAGCAUGGGUCCAACACUGGACCUGUGCCUAGUACUGCCCAUGACCCAGUCCCAUACUCUCAGGAGUCUAGCACUCUCUCAAUGUUCUUCAAAGACAGUGAUGUGGAAAAUGAAGAAACUCUGGCUGGAGAGAAAAAUAAAACAGUGAACGGUGUUCCUGGCCCUUAUCAACACCACAGUGUUCCACAUGGCAACAGCAGCCAAGCAGAUGUACCCUUGGGUUAUCAAGGAACCGUUCAAGAUGGCAUUCAAGUAACACAGGGGGCCCAUGAUUCCCAAUAUGACCUUGUGGAGAACUUGGAGUGUGUCCCAAAUCAGGAGGUAUUACCGAGUGAGACUCCUGGCAGUCCUGCUGCUAGUGCUGCCCAUUUAGUUGACCACUUUGAAACUGGUCCUAACCUGGAAACUCCAGAUUCUGUUCCCAGACCAAUAAGACCUGCCAGUGUGUCAUCCAAUUAUAGCAAUAUGAGCCAUGGAAGCGGAACUGGCUCUCGCCGCCACCAGGGAGUAGUAGGUACAUUUAUUCAACAGGAAAGCCCUCGCCUGACUGAUGAGGCAAACCCACCUGCUGGCACCGGAGAGUACUUUGAGCAGAUUGAUUCUCCUGCUGGAGCUGAAGCUAUUCGACAGAGCUCCCUUGAGCAAAUGUGGCCCCCCACACCUAGCCCUCCCAAACCAACAGGUAUCUUUCAAGCCAGUGCUAACAGCUCCUUUGAACCUGUCCGCUCACAUGGAGUUGGAGUGCGUCCUGCUGAAGUUGACAUGGCUAAUAUUGUGGCAGAAAGUGGUACAGAUUCUACACCUGGCAACCUGGAGCUGCCACCUGAUAAUAUGGAAAACAUUUACAGUCCAGGGCAUUCAUUGCCUCCUGGAGCAGGUGGUGGUGUACCUCAUCUGACACAUCCAGUGGUCCAUUCUCACUCUCGGCCUUCAUCCCGGGCUUUUGGAGCUAACCGGCCUUGUGAUAGCCCAGCCACUACUCUGUGGGCUCAGAAUGACCCAACUAGCUUGAGUACUAACAUCCUACUAGCCCCUGCUGCUCCAGCAGUUCUUGCCCCUGUACGAGAGCCUAGUGCUGAUGUCAUUCAACCUCCAGAAGAUAGUCCACUUGACCUUCAGCCCUCUCAGAGAGUACAACAGACUCCACAGCAGAAUUUGGAAAAUUUAGAGAAUCCACCAAAGGUGAGUGAGGCAGAGCAAACUGACUCUCAAGGCAACCUGGGAUACGCAUCUCUUCUGCUAUCUGAAUCACUCCACCAACCUGUUUUGAUUGCCCCGCCUGUGUCAAAUUGCAGUGUGAUUUCCCCCAAUGUCAUCUCUGAGCCACUCAGUCAAAUUAGCUUCAGAGAAGCUGCCCCACCUGUAAGGUCACUCUCACAGGGGCUGCCUGCUGGCACCUCCCAACCAACUUCAUUGACCUCUAAUCUUAAUCCAUUAUUUACCCCUGGGUCAAUAAGCUUCCCUGCGUCUACACAAGGUCCACUAAAUCUUACCAGAGAGAACACAGAAGCAGCAAAAUCAUCUGAAAUUACAGCACCAAUGCAGGCUCAACUAGUCCAUGCUCCUCUUUCACGAGACCAAUCGUUGACUGGAGACAACCACUCUUCUCCCCAAGUUAAUUCACACGCUUCUCUUGCUACAGCUGCUGUUUCUAAUCAUAGUCAGCCUUCAAAUUAUGAACUUCUUGAUUUUUCUAUGCACCAAUCACAACCCCAAAACCAAGCACCUGGCCAUCUGCAUGAGUCUCUACAGGCUAGUAAUGGAUUUUACCUACAGGUAACCAAAGAUGCUCAGCAGGGGUUAAGAAUGGAAGGGAGUGUCACUGUCCAGAACCCAGCCUCUUCAACUACUCCACAGGUACCUUCCCAAGCAGCUGCAAAUACCCAGGCACCACCAACUAAACGAAGUGAAACAUCAGAUUCUCAGCCCUCAAUGCAGGGAAAAAGUGAAGCUCCUCCUGUACCUGUCAGCACUGCACAGCCCUCCCAUGGACAGUAUGCAGUUCCAGCACAAGGGCCUGCCACAGGAGGUGCCCCCCCUCCUCCUGCUGCUGCAUACCCUCCAGGACAAUUACCCCAAGGAGCUUCCCAGCCAGCUACUGCAGAGCCACCUCAACCUCCCUCAUCUGCAGGCAUCCAGCAAGGCUAUGGGCCCCCGCCUCUGGUGUCAGGACAGAUGUAUAGUGGCUAUUAUGGUAACUAUGGAGAAUACCCCGAUAGCAGAGCACCAUAUCCCCCCGGGCAGUAUCCGCCUCCCUUUGUGGAUCCCAGAGCACAACAAUAUUAUCAAGACGCCUCAUACAGGAGUUGGUAUGGCAGAUAUGAUAGCCAGGCUGCAGCUUAUCGUGAUCCAAACUACCAAUAUAGAGAUCCUCAGCCAGAGCGACCCAACUCCAGGUCAAGUCAGUACUCCGACAGGCCGUCAUCCAGACAAGGCUAUGCUGACGAUUACCACAGAGCAAACCGAAGUGCCUACAACGACUAUUAUACAGACUACUCUAAGAACUAUGACCAGAGAGCAUACAACUAUGGACAGUAUGAUCCCCGGUACAGAGGAUACUAUGAUCAGGCCUACUGGUCUAAUUACGAUGACAGCUACAGAGGCAGGGAAAACUAUUAUAAUCAACACAUGUACCCCACAAGGAGAGAGGGCUAUGAUGACCAGUGGCGUUACUAUCCUGGUUACGAUCCCAGCUUUGACGAUGAAUACCAGCGAAAUGAAGCUGAUGAGUUUGACCGACGAAGUGUCCACAGCGAACGCUCAGCACACAGUGUGCACAGCCACCACAGCAGACAGAGCAGCUUCAGCUCACGUUCACAACAGAGUCAAGUAUACAGAAGCCAGCCUGACUUGGUGUCGGCAUACGACAACACAGCAUCUACUUUGGCUGUGGACUAUUCUUACGGACAGUACCCAAACACAACUGAUGCCAUGCAGAACUACAGCCAGUACCUGUACCCUUCUGAGUAUCCCACAGAGAGCACUCGGGUUGUCCCUGACCAGUCCCCACCUCGUCCUACAACCCCAGAGAAGUUUACCAUACCACACCGCUGUGCCCGCUUUGGACCUGGUGGUCAUCUGGUCCAAGUGCUGCCAAAUCUUCCUUCAGCUGGACAGCCUGCUCUUGUUGAUAUUCACAGCAUGGAGACCAUGCUGCAGGAUACUCGGGAUCAGUCAGAACUACGAGCCUUCCCUGGACCUCUGGUUAAGGAGGAGACUCAUAAGGUGGACGUGAUAAAGUUCUCCCAGAACAAAGCUGUGGAAUGUUCUCGUGACAACAACCUUCUGGACAGGGACUCUGCUCGCUUGCUGUGGGACUUCAUCGUGCUGCUCUGUAGACAGAAUGGGACUGUGGUUGGUACAGACAUCGCCGACCUCUUGCUUAAAGAGCAUCGCUCUGUUUGGCUUCCGGGUAAGAGUCCUAAUGAAGCCAACUUGAUUGAUUUCAAUAAUGAACCGCUGUCACGAGCUGAGGAAGAGCCAGGAGCCGGACCGCUCUCCCUUCUAUCUGACACCUUCAUGACUGUCCCUGAGAAUGUUGGCAAGGAAACGGAGCGUUUCAGAGAGCUUCUGCUGUUUGGUCGCAAAAAAGAUGCACUAGAGGCAGCUAUGAAGGGAGGUCUCUGGGGCCAUGCCCUGCUGUUGGCCAGUAAGAUGGACAACAGGACACAUGCACGUGUCAUGACAAGGUUUGCCAACAGUUUACCCAUCAAUGACCCUCUGCAGACAGUCUACCAGCUGAUGUCUGGAAGGAUGCCUGCAUCAGCAACUUGCUGUGGUGAAGAGAAGUGGGGUGACUGGCGUCCUCACUUGGCCAUGGUUCUAUCUAACCUGACUCACACUUUGGAUCUGGAUACCCGCACAAUCACCACCAUGGGCGACACUCUUGCUUCAAAAGGCCUGAUCGAUGCUGCUCACUUCUGCUACUUGAUGGCUCAAGUUGGCCUGGGAGUUUUCACAAAGAAGAGCACUAAGAUGGUUCUGAUUGGAUCCAACCACAGUUUCCCCUUUUUCCAAUUUGCAACCAAUGAAGCUAUUCAGCGGACGGAAGCCUACGAGUAUGCUCAAUCUCUGGGUUCUCAGCCUUGCUCCCUGCCCAAUUUCCAGGUGUUCAAGUUGAUCUAUGCAUGCCGCUUGGCUGAAGCAGGCCUGUGUGCUCAGGCCUUUCACUACUGUGAAGUCAUCUCCAGGAAUGUCCUCAUGCAGCCAUCUUACUACUCCCCUGUUUUCAUCAGCCAAAUUAUACAGAUGUCUGAAAAGCUGCGAUUUUUUGAUCCACAACUGAAGGAGAAACCUGAACAAGAGUUGUUUAAUGAGCCUGAAUGGCUAAUUGAACUCAGACAGCUUGAUGGCCAUAUUAGGACUGGAGUAAUUACGUAUAAUGCAGACAGAACAACCCCUACACAGUUUGACUGCAGCACCCCCAGCUCUGAACUGGAACAGCCCAGUCCGCUUGAACAUCACAACUUGCCUGGGGAGGGGGAUGGCACCAUGCCAGACAACCAACUAAUGCAUUCAUUACUGCCUGGGCCUCCACCACAUGGAGUCCAGCUGAUGCCUCCAGCUCCAACGUCCAUUCUUCGAGAUGGAAUGGCCCCACCUCAGCCUUUAUCCCCCUCUAAUGAGCCCCAGUUCUACCCAGUACCUCCCGUUGGACCACCCAGUGGGAUCCCUGUCUCCGGCUAUCCUUCACAGGAUCCUGGCUUUGCCCCUCCACCCUUCCAGCCUCAACCUGAGAACCCAGACAUGUAUGCUGGGGCAAAUCAACAGCAGUUUGCCCCAUCUUCUCCAAGGGGCCAAAUGUCACCACAUAUGCCUCCACAGGUGCCACAUUCACCUGUGCUCCCACCAUCUCACAUCAUGCCUCCUUCUCCUGGCCACAUGCCCCAUGUGGACCAGCCGUUCCAAGCUCCACCAGUAAUGCAAACUGCUCAACCAAUUCCAUCCUCCCCAGUCACCACAGGCUCCCUUACACCCAAAAUGGACUUUUAUGAUCACAUGAGUCACAUGGGUGCUGGAAGGAGAUCAAGGACAACUUCACAAUCUUCAGUGCAUAUGGCUCCAGGACGGCGCUCUCGCACCACAUCAGAAUCUUCCACUCACUCUGCCGGAAGGGAACGCAGUAACUCUGUAAUCAAUCCCGUCUCUCCACCUCCACCUUCAAUUCCUGAACAGCCCCGUCAAGAAGAUCUCAAGAAAGCAAAGAAAGACUCUCCCAAAAAGGGGGGUGGUGGUGGUGGUGGGGGGGGUUGGCUGAAUUGGCUCUAUAGGAAGGGGAAAAACGAGGCUCACUUGCCAGAUGACAAGAACAAAUCUAUUGUGUGGGAUGAAAAGAAGCAGAGAUGGGUGGAUUUGAACGAGCCUGAAGAGGAGAGUAAGCCACCUCCACCUCCUCCAUCUGGUUUCCCUAAGAUGGCUCCGAUGCCUGGCCCUGGGGGGCCUGCCCCGCCUAUGAGCGGUGGUCCCCCUGUAAAUAUGUUCUCCAGGAAGGCUGGCACAAAGAGCAGAUAUGUGGAUGUCCUGAAUCCUAGUAGAGCUGCUAAACCAGGCGGAUUAGCUCCUGCUCCAGUGAACAUGUUUGCUCCUCUGGCACCGAUGCCUAUGCCUGCUAACCUAUUUGUGCCUACUUCAGCUCCUGACAAUCAACAACCUUUGGAGGCCAGUGAAGGAGGAAAUCAGGAGCAGAAUACCCCAGAAAACACCAGCACUGCUCCACAGAUGUUCAACCCAACAUUGUUACCACCUGCCCCAGAGGGUUCUGCUGUGCCUGAUGGAUCACAGUCUGGAGAGCUCUCACGUUCUAGCUCAAUGAGUUCUUUAUCACGUGAAGUGAGUCAGCAUUUAAACCAGAGUCAUCCUCCCCAGGGAGCUCCACCCACAGGAGGCAUCCCUUUUUAUAACCCUGCACAGUUUGCACAGACAAGUGCACCAUCAGGAGGUGGACUCCGCUCUGGUCGUUUGGGUGGACAGCGCCAGUACCCAGUGUUGAAAUAGACGCCAUCUUACAGACAGAUUGUGUAAACAGACUUGUUGGAUCGAGUGAUAUCCUGGAAGUAAAUGAAGCACAUGGACAUACGGCUCUCUGUCUUAAGGACUUUUCUUUCUGAAGAGCAUAAUCAGUCUCCAUUGUGUCAGUCAUUGUCAAACAGCUUAACAACCCUGCCAUCGUUUUCUUCAGUUCAGUGACUAUUGUUGGUAUAUUUUCAGCAGGCGUGGUGUCUCGUCCAAGGGCUUAUUCCUGCAUCCAAAAAGAAAACUCAUAACAACCUUACCAAUAGAUGCAAUUAUACACCUGUAUGUUCAUGUAGCCAUCAUUUUCGUGUACGAUGAGUAUGUUGCUCGUGUCAAGCUUCCCCUCAGAAUUAUCACCUAGGUCCUGUUUAAGGUUUCCCUUACUGUCUGAUGUCCAAAAUGUCCAUGUUUUAUUGAUUGUAUGUGUGAUGGAUAGAAAGUGGCACCUUUUUAAAAUGAUAUUCUAAUGCUCUCUGAUAUGUGCAUUUGCAGCUCUUCAGUAGUCUUCUGUCAACUGGAGAUUGUUUUCAUGUAGGAAGGAUUUGUGUCAAUAGUCUGAUGUGUUCUUUGCUUUUGUUUAUUUCCCCCCUCCAGUUAAAGACUAGUAUCGAGAGUAGUGAGGACUUGAUGGCAGGAGCCUGCAGUUUUAGGAUGCUGCUCAUUUCAGAUAUUUAUUUAGAAUUCCUUCUGCCCCUCAAACUCCUCACUCAAAUGAAGAGUGAUUUCGUCCAGGUUGGGCUGACAGCACGAGGGGUUGUCCUCAGAGCAGCAGGGAUCUGGAUUGCAAAUACAUUUUAAAUGUUACUAAAAACAAAUCUAUCCAAAUAUGUAUAUCAGAUUGAUGGUAUUUAUAAGCUGUAGGCAUAAAAGUGUGUGUGUGAAGAUCAAAUGAUUUUUGUUUGAUUAGCUUUGACAAAAUGCAUUUAUGAUUCACUUGGAUUCAUGUUAUGAUGAUUUGUUUUGGCCACUCCUGCAGACAAAUUUUUGUCUUAAUUGUGAAAUGAGAGUUAAAUGUACUUUCAAAACUUAAUUUUGUUUGGUUUAUUUUUAGUUAUUUGUCAUCCCAAGUAACACAGAUUCAAGAAUUUUUGUAGAUAUCAUCUUAUGAUUUUAAAAUCUUUAGAAUUGCUCAUGUAAAAUCCUUGACUUAAAACCUUAAAUACAAACAAAAAAAACUAAAAGGUAAUAAAAUAUUUUUGCGCUCUGUAGCACUUUGAAAGGCAUGUCUACUGGUUUCAUUCAUAACAGACUGUUUUGUUUUAAAAUAAAAUUACUGUAAUUAACAGAUCAA